AUGUCUAAUUUGUUGAAUGAGCUUGAGGAUGAUGGUGGGCGGACAGAAAUACCUCAGCAGUCAAAUCCAGAUACUCCCUUUAAUUCCUCUCUUUCUGAGAAACUUCGAUCUCUUCAACAAGACAAUAUCGAAAAUGUUGUCAAAGUAAACCACCAUCCCAAGGCUGUGCGGAUCAUCCCAAAGAAUAUUACCAACACAAGCGCUGUAAAGUCCUCGACACAGAGGAAGCCCGAUAAAGAAAUUUCAGUCAGUACAGGCGACAUCACAUGUCCACACAGUGGAUUCCGGAUUAAGAAUUUGAGAAUCUCAAAUGAAGAACUUAUGGAUACAAGCAAGGGAGGCGAAUACUUUCCAUUGAAGAGUAUUGGAUCAUUAAGCAACUUUGCGAAUAAAUUCACCGUAGGAGUGAUGACUUCAUGCAGUCGCGUCUUGAAGUCUAAAAUAGGAGGACAAUACUUGAUCUGGAAUCUGAGCGACCUGAAUGGGCAUGAUCUGACGAUUUUUCUCUUCCAAGAUGCUUACGAAAAACAUUGGAAAGAAACUGUUGGAACCGUUCUCUUAAUCAGAAAUGCUAAGAUCUUCGAAGCUGACCCUUCCAGCCGAAAAUCUUCAGAUUCUGACUCAUCGGUUCCUAAGGUCAAGGUGGAAAAUUCGAGGCAACUCCUGAUUCUAGGCAGAUCUCGAGACUUUGCACGAUGCAAGCACUACAAGCAAGUUCUUUAUGAUCAGGCCCUAAAUCGUCAAGCUCCAACUUUUUCGGAUUCGGACAUCGAGGACACAGAUUGGAAUGACUUGAACGAUCUAGAGUCAAUGGCACGCCAAACAGCUGGACUGAAUGAAUCAGAAUCGGUCAAAACUCUUUCGAAAGACCAGAAUGCAAUGGAAUCAGACACGAAUGAGUCAUCGUUCCAACGUGACAUGAUCUCAAACUCAACACCUCCCGAAUCAAAUCCAAAUUUUCAACAAGCCCAACCAGAAAAUCAAUUAGAUGGAGAAGUAGCUGAUGCAGUGCAUGGUCAACUCGACGAAUAUCAGGAGGAAAGCGAAAUGGUUGAGUUGAUUCAAGACGAUGACUGCAUCAUUAUGGAUGAUUCCUUCAGCACAUGCACACCGGCAAAUUCUGACGACAAAGUGAAAGAAACCCAUCACAUCCAAGACACUCUUGAGGACAAAGAUGAAGAUGUUAUCAUAUUGCAGGCUGAGGGUGAUUUCACUGAUGAUUUGCCUCACUUGAGAGAAUCGUGUCCCAGACAUCCGUUCAAUACGAAGCAAGCGAUGCAUGCAUGCAAAAAUUGCUUCUGUAUGGUAUGUGACAUCAACUGGUCAGAGUGCAAGAAGUGGUCUACACAUUGCAAAGCGAAGUUUGGUGAUCCAAAAUGGAUAGCUGAGAGGAACAAAGCAAAGUGCGGGUUUGAUGACAAAACCAUCAAAAAGCACCUCAAGGACAUCUUUGAUUCGAUAGAAGAUUUUUCAAAGGCGACGAAACGAUCGAUCCGGCAAGAACUAGAAAAACGGUUAGGUGCUGAGGAAGGGAGAUUGGAAUGCCGGAAGAACGAGAUUUCAGAAUGGAUCAUGGAACACUUGGAUAGAUUGUGA